UCGGCAUACCGAGUACAAGUGUAAAAGUUAUUUUGAGACGCGAAGCUUCGUAUAACAUAGGAAAAGGUUUUAAGUGCGUGACUAAGCAUUCGCGCUCAUAAAUUUCGGGUAGGAAACAUUUGCAUAAUAUUGAUUUUCUGCUCAUAAAAAUGUCAUCGGUGAGAGUAGCGGUGCGGGUACGCCCUUUGAACGGGAUAGAAGUAUCACAAAAUUGUGGCGUUGUGAUAAGAGCGGAGAAUUCACAAGUGAUUGUCAAAAAUCCCGAAUCCGAACGCGCAAAGACCUUUUCAUUCGACGAAGUCUUCAUUUCCAAUGAUGAUGACCCCUGCCAUUCUCAAAAUCAGGUCUGUUCUGUACUUGGUGAACACGUUUUAUCAGCUGCUUUUGAAGGAUACAACAGUUGCGUGUUUACGUAUGGACAAAUUGGAACAGGAAAGACCUAUACAAUGUUUGGAGAUGAAAAUACCCGGGGAAUAAUACAAUAUGUGAGUGAGGAACUUUUUGGGAAAGCUUCAACAAGUGACCCAGAUACGACUUACAGAGCAGAGAUAAGCUUUCUGGAGAUUUACAACGAAUGUAUAAAUGACUUGUUAGCCAAGAAUAACAGCCAGAAUAAUGUUAUGACAAGAAAUAAUUCCUUGAAAGUAUGUGAUGACCCUGAUAGAGGAGCGUACGUGGAAAAGUUAUCGAAACAAAUUGUAACCAAUCCAGAAGAAAUUAUAAAAAUGAUAGAAAAAGGCUUGAAAAACAGGAUUGCCUUACAAUCAUCAGAUGGCUUGUCAAGAAGGUCGCAUACUGUCUUUAUGAUGCAAUUUACUCAGGCUAAAAUGAUAGACGGUGUUCCUUCAGAGAAAGUCAGUACAUUGAGCUUUGUUGAUCUAGCUGGAACUGACAGACGCCAUGCCAAGGACGAUCGUACAAUUACCCCAGAUGAAGACAAUGAAAUAGCAGUUGCUAGAUCACUUCAAGUAUUUGGUCAGGUCAUUUCGUGCUUAGCAAGCAAAAACAAACAACUUGAUGAAAAUGAACAAGCUGAUAUCGAGAUUCCCUAUAAGGAAUCGGCUCUAACUCUGUUGUUAAAAGACUGUCUUGGGGGCAAUUGUAAAACGGUAAUGUUAGCUACAGUCUCACCAGCUGACAUCCACUAUAACAAGACUAUCAGCACAUUGCGAUAUGCUAACCAUACCAAGAACAUCAUGAAUAAACCAUCCGUCAAUGAGGAAGCGAAUGUGAAAUUGAUUAAAGAACUUCAGGGUGAAAUUGAAGAAUUAAGGUCACAAAUGCAGAAGGAAGGUGUGAACGUAAAGUCAGAAAAAAAGAUGAAAGAUAAUGAACGACUUAUAAAGCGACUCACUGGAAUUUGGGAGGAAAAAUGGAUCAAGGCAAAAGAAAUUAUCAAGGAACAAGCUCUUGAGGUGACUGCGUUGGGACAAGGAUUAAAAUUUGAAACUGAUGAACCACAUUUCAUAACUUUGGGUGGAGGAAGGUUGAGCGUUGGUGUGACAAUGUGUCCUGUCAAACUAGGUAGAACAGUUAUAGGUUUGCCAACCAGCGAUUCUAAACCUGACAUUGCAUUAAAUGGCAAAGGCAUUGAAAGAGAACACUGUCUAGUGGAAUAUGAUGGCGAAACAGUAAUGUUUUAUCCUAAAGGCAAUCUGUGUUCCCUUGACGGCGUUUCUAUUAUCGAGCCAACAAAACUACCUCAAGGUUGCAUGGUUUGUCUUGGAAAGUCGAACUACUUUCGCUUCAAUCAUCCCAGAGAAGCGAAGCGAAUUCGUGAAAACAAUCCAGGAAACAGGUUCUCGGUUAUGCCCGACAAAUACUAUCCCGAGGUGGAUCUCGCCAUUGAACAACGUAAAAGAGAGCAGCAGGAAAGAGAUCGACUGAAGGAAGAAAAUAUGCGACUGUUGGAAAGAGAAAAGCAACAUAAUGAAGUACUCACUCAUUUGGAGUACGAGAAAAAACAAUUACAAGAAGAAAGCAACAGACUACGUAAUCUGGAACGGCUACAGAGGGAGGAAGCAGAUAAAUUUAAAACACGAAUAACUGCCCAAAUUCAAGAAUUGGAAGAGCAAAGAGACGAGUUGAAAAAUGUCAAACGGGAAGAAGAUAAACUUCUGAUCUUAGAAGGAAAGCACAACGAACAUGAGAGUGGUAUACCUCAGGUUAACGGACGCUAUUUUGAAGAUGAAGAAGAAAAGCUAAAUAAAAUCCAACUGCUGCAGGCGGAAAGAGUGAAAUUGUUGGAAAAAGAUCUCGAAGAUCAAAUUGUUAAAUUGCAUGAAACGAGGGAUCUUGAGUUAGCGAAGAUAAAUGCGGAAAGAGACAGAAUUGGUGAGCUAGCAAAACAACAGCAGAUUGCUUUAGCGCAAGUCGAAAUGGAAAGAAUCAGUCUACAAGAGGAGCGCCAAAGAGAUAUUAAAAUGUUAGAAGAAGAGAAAGCAAAACUUGAAGAAUUAGAAAAGGAAAGGUUGGAAAUUAUUGAAAAAGCUUUUCAAGAACGAGAGACCGGAAAACAAGAAAUCGAAGCAGAAAAACGACGUUUGGCUGACCUACAAAAUAAGUACAAUGAGCAGUUGGUUGGUUUGGAACAGUCGAUGUUGACAACACAAGAGAAGAUGGAAAAAGAACGCCAGCUUGAAUUUGAAUUUUUCGAGACAGAACAGCUUAUGCUUGAGGAACUGGAACUAAAACAACGUGAAGCCGCUGAGCAAAUGGAGCGCGAGCGUAAACUUAUUGAAGCUCAUUACGAGUGCGAACGGCAGGAAGAAAAACGGAAACUAGAAAUGGAGAAGUUAAAGUUAGAGGAAGUAAAGAGAGAGCAUACUUCCGCGCUACGAAGUGUCGAAGAGGAGAGAAAGAAAUUGCAACUUGACAGGCAAAGACAACAAGAACAAAUGGUGCGUGAUAAAGUCCGUCUUACAAACAUUGAAAAGAAAUAUAAAGAGCUUCUACUCCGAGCCGAAGAAGAAAAACAUUCUAUGCGAGAUCAGCUUGAAAAAGAAAAACAAGAAGAGUUUGAAAAAUUUCGUCAGGAAAUGCUACGGACUAUGUCUUCAGCCUCCUCUCUUGGCCGUCAGUCGCCAACAGGCAGUGUUGCCUCGUCAAAACGUACGAAUUCUUCAGAAGAAGUCGGUUCAACUGGUAAGAAAUCAACCGAGUCGGAUGAACUCGAGGUGGAGCGCGAGAAGUUACGACAGCAGUUUGAACGAGUUCGGGAACAAGAAGAACGCUUGUUGCUGAAGGAACAAGAAAUGGUAACUUUGAAUGAAAAGGAUCUGGAGUAUCAGCAGAAGAUCAAGGAUUUAGAAACUGAACUCGAGGAAGAGCGUAAAAGGAGAGAGGAAAGUGAGAAGGAGUUGGAGGGAAGAGAAGUGGUAGUUAUAGGAAACGGAAGACCGCCAUCUUCGGUUCAUGGCGAUGGUCGGUUGUCAGUUGUUGACCUUGAUUUAGUGCGUCAUCUCCUUUCUACUGGUCACGUUCUUGAUAACUGCCCAAGUGUGAAUGUCACGCCAUUAUGUUGCCGUGGCUACUUAGAGAAAAAAGGCGGGAAGAUCAAGAUUUCGUGGAAGAAGAGAUGGUUUGUUUUUGAUCGUAGGAUGAAAGCGUUAGUUUAUUACAAAGAUCAAAGCAAGAAGGAACCUCGUGCGAUUAUUUAUUUUCAAGCCAUUCAAGAAGUGUAUGUCGAUCAUGACGGCGAGACUAAAAGCAACCAGGGAAAAUCUUCGUUCUGUGUGAAAACACCUCUAAAGACAUACACACUGGCUGCCGAUAAUGCUCUAGCAAUGAGUAUCUGGAUUGAUGUUUUACUAACAGGUCGUGAAGGGACUGCUAUGUUAAACAACUAAUUUAUUGUUUGCUCUUUAUACAUAAGUACAAAUACAUAUAUCCAUUGAAACCCUCCCUGCAUAAAAGAACUAGUGGGUUAAAAACUGCAAGCCUAUGUUUACCAAACAGGAGGAUUCUCUCCUCCGUAUGUAAGGUACUAUUUAUAUGUAAUGAAGUCGGCACGCAGGUACGGCCGGUGUAUAUUUCUAUAUCAUAGGGAUUAUAGGGCCUUAUUCGAGAAGAGACGCAUGUUUUUAGGAUCGAUAUAGUCUUUAAUAAAAAGGAACCAGUUGAAAAGGAGUCAUCCUGAUUUCCAACAAAAUAUCCAAUUUUUAAUAAAAAAUUCACAGUUCUUUCAUGCUGGACAUAGCUGUAUUGUACAUUGUAUGUUAUGUCACGGUGUUCCCAACACAGACUAAUUUGUUAACGCAUGUUUAUACCAAUGUGCGGUAGUCUGUUCCGUCCCGCGCGCCCUCUCAGACCGAUCAGUUUGUGCGUGAUUUCCAUUUACUCUCAAGAAAUGAUUAUUAUAUUAUGGAAAAUUACAAGAUAUAAAAGGCUCAAAGUUAAAUCAUAUAUUAGUUGCUGGAAUCUAGCUUGUUUGUAUGCUUAUGCCACCCCAAAACAAUGCAGUUUCGCAUAGUUAUAGUUGCUUAAGUUGAUUAGGUGGAAGAGAAAAAGGUGAAUGACAUUUUUUAUAUUUGGAUUACGACAAAAUCCAGAAACUGAACAAGACCAGGCUUAGUUAUGUGUAUGUAUAGUGUGAGUGUAGAACUAAAAGUUUCUAAGCCACAGGCAUAAAAUGCAUGUGCAGUAUAAAUAUAGCUAUUAUAUUAUAGCAUAUAAAUUAUAUUUAGAAUAUAUACAACCUUUUGUACAAAUAUAUUUGUUAUGUAAGAUUAUGGGUGGUGUUAAAAAUUAG